CCACCAGAGAGCAGAGGCCGGGCCGGGGACAAGGCAGGAUGUGUCAGAGGGCCGGGCUCUGACACCAGCAUUCUGGUGACCCUGGUUCUCGUUGACCCGCUGAGGUCUCUUGCAGCUCUGAGUGGUGGAAACUCAACCCUGUGUGGUCUAAGCCAAGGAAGGGACUCCAUGGAUGGUCCCGUCCACGGAUGUUGCCUUCAGGCACAGCUGGAUCCAGGUGCCCAAGAAGGUCCUCAGGAAUCUGUCUUCACUUUUUUGGUUCUGUUUUCCUCUGUGAGCCCUUCACUCUCAUGCUGAUUCGGAGCUCGGAGGAAGGUCUGCUGUACGAACAGGGCCUGGCGAGCACCUUUGGGGAUGUGUGCUGCUGGUGGGUGGGGCCCUCGUACGCGGUCAUUCGCAUCUUCCACCCCACCUACAUCAAACCCGUGCUCUUUGCCUCAGCUGCCAUCGCCCCCAAGGACAUGCUCUUCUACAGCUCUCUGAAGCCCUGGCUGGGGGAUGGGCUUCUGCUGAGUGCUGGUGACAAGUGGAGCCACCACCGCCGCCUGCUGACCCCCGCCUUCCACUUCAACAUCCUGAAGCCCUACAUGAAGAUCUUCAACGACAGCGUGAAUAUCAUGCAUGCCAAGUGGAAGCGCCUGGCCUCCGAGGGCAGCACCCGCCUGGACAUGUUUGAGCACAUCAGCCUCAUGACCCUGGACAGUCUGCAGAAAUGUGUCUUCAGUUUUGACAGCAAUUGCCAGGAGAGGCCCAGCGAAUAUAUUGCCGCCAUCUUGGAGCUCAGUGCCCUUGUGACCAAACGGCACCAUCAGCUCCUCUUGUACUAUGACUUCCUGUACUACCUCACCCCCGAUGGACAGCGCUUCCGCCGGGCCUGCCGCCUGGUGCACGACUUCACGGAUGCUGUCAUCCGGGAGCGGCGCCGCACCCUCCCCGAUCAGGGUGUGGAGGACUUCCUGAGGGCCAAGGCCAAGGCCAAGACUUUGGACUUCAUUGAUGUGCUCCUGCUGACCAAGGAUGAAGAUGGGAAGGGGCUGUCGGAUGAGGACAUCCGAGCUGAGGCUGACACCUUCAUGUUUGAGGGCCAUGACACCACCGCCAGCGGCCUCUCCUGGGUCCUGUACAACCUCGCGAAGCACCCGGAAUACCAGGAGCGCUGCCGGCAGGAGGUGCGACAGCUGCUGGGGGACCGUGAGCCUCCAGAGAUGGAAUGGGACGACCUGGCCCAGCUGCCCUUCCUGACCAUGUGCAUCAAGGAGAGCCUGCGCCUGCACCCCCCGGUCACCGUCAUCUCCCGCUGCUGCACCCAGGACAUCGCGCUCCCCGAUGGCAGGGUCAUCCCCAAAGGUGUUACCUGCCUUAUCAGUAUUUUUGGGACCCAUCACAACCCAACUGUGUGGCCAGACCCUGAGGUCUAUAACCCUUUCCGCUUCGAACCAGAGAAGAUCCAGGAGCGGUCACCGCUGGCUUUCAUUCCCUUCUCCGCGGGGCCCAGGAACUGCAUCGGGCAGACGUUCGCCAUGGCCGAGAUGAAGGUGGUGCUGGCGCUCACGCUGCUGCGCUUCCGCGUCCUGUGCGAUGAGGACGACCCCCGCAGGAAGCCUGAGCUCAUCCUGCGCGCGGAGGGCGGCCUGUGGCUGCGGGUGGAGCCGCUGAGCACGGACCCACAGUGACCCUGUGCCACCCCGGCUGGGUCAACCCGUGACCCCACACACCACCUCCUUUGUAGGUUCCCAGCAAUAAACUGCUGUCUCUUCUGCCCCAGCUUCUCCGAGAGCCUCUAGGAGGCUUUUGAGGCCUGUGGGGACCCAGGGGCUGGGCAUACCUGGAGGGGAGGGUGGGGGCGAAAGUGUCCCUGAGCCCAGACCCUGACUGCCUCUGCCUAGGGCUCCACGCUGAUAGCGGAAGAAGAGUUCUCCCAGAGACACCUAUGGAUUUUAUAGGGGCAGAAAGAGGGGCACAGUUGAAGUUCUUAGUCACGGAGAACCCAUAGAGGCAGAUUCAUUCCUACAAGUCCCGGAUGCCUCCCCAAGCAGUUCGCUGGCGGGCCCAGAACCCAGGGCAGGAGGCCCGGCGUCCUCUGCAGGACUCAAGUUUCUUUCUGCCCUUGUCAGCAGCCCCACCCUGUGCCUCUCCCCUUCUACCCCUCCCCACCCUCAGGUGUGUCUCUCAGGUGACCCCUGCCCUGCCUCUAGGAAGCCCCUCUCUUCCCUUGAUGUUGCCCAGGCAGCCUGUCCAACAGGUACUGGUUGAGGCCCCAUUGUGUACCAGGCACUCUCACAAGAGUGUUUGGAGUGCCCCCAAACCCUCAUCCCUGACCUUUCACCUCCAAGUCCCUCCUUGGGGUGGAGUGAGGGCAGGCCAUCCUUUGACCUUGAAGCUCAAAGCCAGACUGUUGUAAACCGAACCUCCCCCCAAGGGUACGGGUUCCAGAGUCAGACUGCUUGGCUUUAAGUGUCAGCUCUGCUGUGUGCCCUGGGCAAGGCCAGUCUCUUUCUGUGCCCUGGUUUCCUCUGUGCAAAGAGGCAGCAAUGUGUAUCUCAGGGUUGACUACCUGUGCUUGGUGAACAGUAAAUGCUCAAUAAAUGUUGCCAUUAUUACUUUC